UAUUUGUAUAAUCAAUCUGUGAUUUACUAUUAUUUUGGCGUAAUUUUGUCCUCAUAAUCGUUUAUCAAUUAUGAGUAUUUUUUCCUGAAAUAAGUGUUAUUUCACAGAUAUAUCUUAAAAUAGAGAUUUUCAUAAUAACUACAGUAUCCAAAAAAUAUCAUACAAGAAAUUACUAUAGCAUAAAGUUACACUAUGCUUUCUGAUGAAUCCAGUAGUGAUUCAGAAACUGGUAGAUUCAAAUGUCGAUCAAGUAAUCAAGAUCAACAAAAGAAAAGCACAAAUCAGAAUGAAGAUAGCAGUAAACACUCUGGGAGGAAUCAUCAUUCUCUAAAUGAAAGACAUAGAAGAGACCUUGAUAAAAAAAGAAAUCAAAGGGACAAUUUUGACAGGCAUGUACGUGAAAGGCAUAGGUAUUCUAGGUAUUCUCCUGCAAGUAGGAGAAGAAGUUCAAGAGAUAGAAGCCAAGAUAGGAGAUCUCGUGAAAGACAUAGAGAUAGAUACCGAGAUUCCCGAGGAACAUCAAAACCUAGAGACCAUAGAAGUAGCAGUAAAGAUAAACAUAGAAACAGUGGAUCUCAAUUUAAAAAAUCUCCCGACCAGUUAAGAGAUUUUAAGGAUGAAAUUCGACGUAAUAUUAGAACAAGAGAUGAAAGAAAAGUCAUACCCUCAGAUCAAUUGGAGAAGAGAAAAAGAGAAGAACCUAGGUCGAGUUUAAAUUUGUCUCCAGAUCAGAAAGGAAAAAAAUCAGAAGUGUAUAGACCUCCUGUGCAAUCAAGUAAAAAUAAAACUAGCAGUCCAAUUAUUGUAGAACAUAGCGAAGACUCUAGUGAAGAAGUUCAACCUGGAUCAUACUACAGUAUGAUACCUGCUAUUGUUAAAGAGAAAUCAGAAGAGUCAAGUGAAAUUGAUUCAUCAGAUGAUGAGAAACUUAGAGCAAAACUUUUAAACUUAGAAAAUGAGCUUCAGAAAACAAGAAAGAAAAAACAUAAAAAGAAACACAAAAGAAAAGUUUCUAAAUGUAGCAAAGAUAGAGAACAAGAGUCAACUACAUCCGUCGAAGUGAGCAGUACUACUGAUAUUCAAAACAAAAUUGAAGUUGAAGAGCCCAACAAUAAUCCUGAAAUUGCAGAAGUUACUUCGACACAGAAAAGUAAUCAGAAAGAAAGCUGUGAAGAAGGAGAAAUAUCAAGUGAUGAAGAACCAGAUGACAAUUUUAAAAUUGAUCCUAAUGACUUAAGACAUAAACUAAAAAGAUCUGUUACUAAAUGUGCAAUUAGUGGAGAGAAGUCUGCUUCUGAUGUUUGUGGACCUGCAUUACCACCACAUUUAAAAAAACAGUUUGCAUCCUCAUCUGAUAUGGAAGGACCAGCUCUACCGCCGCACCUUAAUAAGAGGUCUAGAAACAUAGGACCAUCUAUCCCAGAUGAUAUGCGUAAAGUGCUAGAAUCUGAAUGUGAAAUAAUUAAAGGGGAUACUUCCGAUGAAGAAGAAGGUAUUGGUCCAUUGCCUAUAGGUGCUGAAGAAAAAUGGACAGAUGCUCAUAAACGACUUGAAGAACGAGCAUUGGACAUGAAAAUAAAGCAUUUGGAUGGGCAUUCUUUACAAAGUAAUAAAGUGAAAUCAAGAGAGCAAUGGAUGUUGGAACUGCCUGAAGCUAAAGCAAAAUAUCUGGGUUUAGAGGCACGUAGUUUCAGGAGCAAAGAAGGUCCGGAUAUGUCAGAUAGAUCCACUUGGACUGACACUCCUGAAGAAAAAGCCCGUAAAGAAUCUGGAAUAGUGAAAGAAGAGGAUGCAGACAUUUUGCUACAAAAGGAAGCAAAGGUUCGACAAAUAGCUAAUAGAGAUGAGGAACAAGAAACAGCUGUCAGAAAACAUAAAAAGAAACACAAGAGAGAAGAAAGUUUGCUAGAUAUGCAUCAAAAGAAAUUGAAAAAGAAAAAAAAGAAAGACGAAAGAGAGGAUGGUAAAAAGGAGCGUCGACCUUUUAGCCGCGACGUUGAUCUGCAAGUAAAUCGCUUCGACGAAGCUCAGAAAAAAUCCAUUAUAAAGAAAGCACAGAAUUUAAACACUCGGUUUUCUCGGGGAGAGGCGAAGUAUCUAUGAUAAUGC